AUGGCAAAGGUCGAGUUGACAUUCAAUCAGAUUAGGUCCAAUGAUGAGUAUUUGCGAAGGACGUACUUUAAGAACAUUGAUACGUACGCAGGCGACAAGAAAAGACUACGUAGAUAUGUACAGGAUGGUAUACAACUGAUGGAGCGUGAUCAGAUCAUGUCGCAGGGUGACUACACCGUUGGCGAUGACGGACGCACCGUCACCAUCUCUGCGAUCAAGCGCGGUAUCUCCCUAGACACCUCGAUCAACACCGACUUUACACAAAAGACCAUCCUCUCCAUCGUCAAUCCCUUUGGCUAUGGUGGUGAGGUUGGUGGCGAGGGUUCAGUUGGCAUCUUCAAGACAUUGAAUGGUGGUAUAUAUUAUAAGGAUAGAUAUAACAACAAGAUUGAGUUGUCAAAGAGAUUGGAGAACCCUAUCGAGCUCAACAAGAACUUACAGAUUGAAGAGUCAUGUAUCACAUUCCAUCCAAACAACUAUGGUCGACACUACUUUAGCCUCUACGCAGGUGACAGAAGAACCUUUGUCUCUGGUGAAAACAAGGAUGAGGAGAUGAGGAAUCAUACUGGCUUCUCACAUAAGCUGAGUCUGACGCACAAGUAUUACUAUUUCAAGGAGUGGAUGUCAAGGAAGACUGGAUUGUACGGACUUGGUCUGUGGGGCAGAAUUCACAAUGAGGUGGCUGGAGGUCCAUUCAGUACCAAGUUCAUCAAGACAGAGUCAUUCACUCAUAUAUACUAUCCCCUCUACAGAGGCUUUAACUUGGAAUGCAUGCUUGCCUUUGGAGGUCUUUACAAUAUGGCGAGAGGAAUGUCUCCAAUGAUCGAUAGGUUCUACAAUGGUGUAUCAUAUCACUUCAAGGGAUUCGAAUAUAAGGGAUUGGCAACAACAAAGAGCAAGAAGCCAAGCCUUGGAGGAGACUUCUAUCACAACACAACACUCUAUUUGACAAAGGAUAUUGAUGACUAUCCAGGCCAAGCAUUCUUGUUCUACGCAUUUGGUAACUCUGUGUUGAACUAUGAUAACUUUGGAUCGUGCAUGAGGGAGUUGUUGCGACCAGACAACUACAGACACACUGUUGGAUUUGGCUUCCGAUUCGAAACAGGACCAGCACUAGUUGACAUCUACGUCGGACAUCCCCUCAAGAAGCUUCAAUCAGACCAAUCAAACAGGAUGGGCAUCAACUUCAAUUUGAAGUUCUUCUAA